CCACAUUAAUAUAAAGAAAGAAGACUCAUUGACUCUCUCUCUCUCUCUCACACACACAGCUCAUUUAUAAAGAAACGUUUCUUGCACAAUUCUAUGUAAGAAAGAGAGAACAAUAGUAACUUAUGCAGGUUGUGAGAAGGAGGAUCCCAUCAGGAGAAGGCGUUGAGAUGCCUGGAAGAUCCGAGACAGACAGGGUCAGAAGGAGGAGUCAUCAUGGCUCAGGUCUUAGGGUUCGAGUAGCUUGCACGUGCUCUGGAAGGCCUGGCUCGACUAAGUGUGCACGACACGGGUUUGCUGUGCCAAGCGAUGAGAGGCUUAUGAGGAAGGCCAGUGACGGUAGCAAAGAAGUGUUAAGGAGAGCUUUAACGCCUCCGAUCAGGCGGAUGAAUCUCCGGUGGUUGAACUUCCGACCAACACCUAGCCGGCUCUGUAAAAUGUCUUCUGUUUGAUAUCAUAAAACUGAGAACUUUUUUGUUUUGUUUGAAUGUAAAUAAACUUCAAAGGCUUUUCUUUUUCUUUUCUUGUAAUGUUGGAAAUCAAAUAAGAUUCAGACCCAAUUGCAGA